AUGUAAAAAGUUGCUUUGGCUCUAUACGAGUACAUUAAUAAGAAAUAUGUGACCAAGAUGAUACGAAGAUCGGAAGAGCUCUAUUCAAGGCAGGUAGAAAAGCUAUAUGAUAGUGUAGAUAGAAUUCGAGAUGGGAGAAUCUGUGAAUUUGAAAGGAAUAGCAUCUGCUGAAUUACAUAAUGGAAUUCAUUCAUAUCUCUCUUACUCACAAAUAUUGGGAGAGUAUGCAAACCGUCCAGGGAACUGGAUAUUCAUCAUAAUCAAUAUAGUUUGUUUAUCGAUAAUUGAUUUAAAGGGCGAAGACUUUUCACUAUUCUAUCAAUUUGUCAUUCCUUUAUUGGUGGGUAUAGCCAUGUACUUAAUAAAGAUGUUAUAUUAUUCAAUGAUCAAACAUCAAUAAGACAAAUAAAUCAAUAAAAGAUAAGUGACUAUAUUUAAAAGGUUAAAGAGAAUUAACUCAACAAAUAAGACUCAAAUACAUGAAGAUAUAAAACAUCAUAAUAACAAUGAUAUCAUUCUCUUUUCAGCUCCACGUAAAUAAGAUAUAUAUAAACCAAUGAUAAUUUCAUCAUUCAGAGAAGAAAAGAAAGUUUAAUCAACACCAAGACCAGAAUAAAAGGUGUAAAUAUUUGAAACUGUUUGUUGGGAUGAAGUAGAAGUUGGUGAUAUAGUUGUAUUAUAAAGAAAUGAAUUAUGUCCUGCUGAUUUAUUGAUUUUAGAAUCAAAUUCAGAUCAUUUUAAUGUUGAUGUUGCAAACUUUACUGGAAAUACUAAUUAGAUAUAUAAAUAACCAAAUAUCUUAACUAGUAUGUCUAGAAUGCAUCAAUUUAAAAAUAAUUCUUUUGAAUAUAGACUUUUAUUAAGUGGUAAAGUCAAUUAUGAUAGAAAUACCAAUGAUAAAUCUUUAUAUUCAGGUUUUGUAAGACUCAAAAAUGAUCCUUAAGCUAUAGAUAUUAAAAAAGAGAAUAUAAUCUUUAGAGAAUAACUCUUAUUGAAUUGUGAUUACAUAUAUGGAUUAGUUUUAUAUGCUGGAUUAAGUUGUCGUUACUAUUACAAUUAACCUAAGACUAGAGUGAAUCAUUCUUUCUUUUAUACAAAAGUUGAUAGAUUCUUUUAAUUCACCCUUAUUCUUUUGAUUGUAUUGUCUUUUGCCUCUUGGAUGACAGAAUCAUUAAGAUUUAUGUCUUAUGGUAGAUAAUGGACUCUUUAGACUUUGUGUAAGUAUCUUUUGGGAUAUCUUAAUAUGAUCCCUUAUUAUUUACACUUUAUGUUUGAUUUUAUGACCUUAUGUACAAUGAUAUUUAAAUAGUAUUAAUUUCAAAAACAGGUAAUUUAACCUACUACAAAGACUACUAAUAAUACUACUUUACAAUUAUCAUCUAAUUAUUAAAGAAUUAAUGAUUCACCUUUAGCUGAUCUUAGUUUAAUAGAUAGUGUAAUAUUUGAUAAAACAGGUACAAUGACAAUUCCAUCUUUUAAAUUGAAGAUGAUUAAUUUUAAUGAUCAAUUGUUUUCCAUUAAAAAUAAAACAUUUGAUGAUUUAUAUGAAUGGAAAACUUAUCAAUAAUAAUAAUAAGAUAAUUAAGAGAUCUAAUAAUUUUUAAUGAAAGAAUCUUAAUCUAAUUAAAAGGAAGCAUCAUAAGUAAGAAUAUCACCAAAACCUAAAUAAAUGAAACGUGCAUCUAAACAUCCAUCAAUUAGACCUGUUUAAUAAGAGGAAUUAUAAAUACCAUCUAAUUAAGAAAAUUGUGAUACUAAUAAUAAUGAUUAAGCUAAUUUUGAUCCUGAAGAAAUAAUAGAUGAUAAUUUUAAAUUAAGAGAUAUACAUAGAAGUAAACAACCUAAAAUGUUUUAAGAUUCAUGGGGUUCAAAUACAGAUAUAAAUAAUAAUGGAUAAGGAAGUGGUGUCUAAUAAUAUUUAUAAUAAUAAUAAUAAAAUAGUAAUAUUAAUAUUAAUAGUAUAUAAUAAUAAAGUAGUAAUAAUAAUAUUAAUAAUUAAUAAUAAUUAUUAAAUAAUUAAUAAUAAUCUUUAAAUAGUAAUCAAUAAUAAUAAAGUCCAAAAGAGAUGAAGAAAUCUACUUUGAUUUCUGGUAUAACUAUUAGAGCUAAACAUAGUAUUAAAAUAGAUAGAUCUGAUAAAUAAAAAAGAUUUGGAGCAGAAAGAUCAAUGAAUUUUACAAAAUUUAUGUCAGAAGAAGGUUUAAAUAAGAAUAAUGAUGAUUUAAGAAGUUUGGAUGAAAAAGAUUUUCUUAAUAAAUUGAUUACAAAUGAAAGUAGAAAAUAAACUGAAGAAGCUAUCUUUAUAUUAAUGAUAUGUCAUAAUACUUAAUCAACAUAUAAUAAAUCUGAAGAUACAUUUAAACAUGAAUUUUCAUCAAAAAUAGAUAAUCUAUAAUUAGAAUUCAUUUCUCAUUUCAAUUAUAGAUUUGUAUGUUCAGCAGUUAAUAAAAGUAAAUAUAUUGUGGAAAUAAAUGGUAGAUUGACUGAAAUACCUGUUAUUGUAACUUAAUUAGAACAUUAUAAAGUAAGUGUGAUACUAACAAAAUAAGAUUACAGAAGAUUCUUUGAAGAUAUAGAUUAAACAUAUGAUUAUGUUUAAUUUAUAAGAGAUGAUAGUUAAGAAAUGAGUGAUUAGAUAUUAAUGAAUAAAGAAGAAAGAGAAAAAUGGGAUAAUAUGAUCUAUAAAUUAUAUAUGAAUGGAUGUAGACCAGUUGUAUUCUUUAAGUCAUUUAUGGAUACUAUAUAAUAUUCAUAAUUUAUUAAAAAUCCAUUAUAAGAAUUGAAAACAUAACCAAGAGCCUAUGAAUUGAGUUUGGUUAUUGGAAUCAAAGAGAAAUUAAGAAAAUCUAUUAUUACAGUAAUUAAAAAUUUCUUGGCUGCAGAAAUGAUUAUUUGGAUUGCUAGUGGCGAUUCAUUAGAUAAAGUAUUACCUAUUGCUUAUAAGACUGAAAUUUUGAAAGAUUUGAUUCCUAUAAUCCAUUUUGAUUAAUAAGAUGCUAGUCUAUAGAUUAAAUAAUAAAUUUAAUGGUUAUAUAAUAAUCAGAUUAAACAUUUGAAGGAUGAUUCAGUUCUUGUAGAAAAAAGAUAAUCUGAUAGAAUAGUAAUGAGUCCUAGUCAGAAACGUAAAUCUAUUCAUACAAGUGGUAGAAGAUAAAGUGCUAAAGGAUUAUUACCUGGAUUCUAAAAUUCCUAAUAAAGAAUUAAACCAUUCUCUAUUUUAAUUCAUGGAGAAACUUUGGAUAAAAUAUCAUAAGAUAAUUCAUUGUUUAAUCAUUUAUGUUUUAUUAUUGCAUUUUCUACUUCUGUUGUAGGUUAUAGGAUGACUAAAACUCAAAAAGCAAUAUUAGUUAAAAUACUUUAAGAAAAAUAAGUUUGGAGAAGAAGAGUCUUAGUAAUUGGAGAUGAUGCUAAUGAUAGUAGAUUGAUGGCAUAUUCUGAUUUUGCUGUUUAAUUAUAGAGUCAAAGACUUUAUUAAUAGGUUGCUGUUGAAAAGAUGGAACAAUUGUAAAGAACCAAAAAAGAUUCAAAAAGUAUAAGACUUCAUUAGAUUACAUUUAAGCCUGCAAUAAAGGAUUUCAAAAGUAAGUAUUCCAGUUAAAAUAGAGUAUUAGUAUAAUAAUAUACCUUAUGUUGGUACUACAGAUAUUGUUGUUAAAGAUUAUCCAAAUUUAAUAUCCAUAGUAUUAUCUGAAAGUAGACAAUCAGCAGAAUUAUUAGAGAAUAUUAUCACAUUCUCAUUUUAUAGAAGUUAUUUACUCUGUUUUACACUAUUUUUUUAGAUUUUAUUUUAAGGAAUUACAUAUUAUCCACCUUUAGAUUACUUUCAAAGUUUUUUAUAUAUCAUUCCAUGUCUAUUAUUAUAUAUUUAAAGGAUGACACCGAAGGAAGAGAAAGUGACCAAUAUAAAAAAUUAAUUAGUCUAUUUUUUUAAUCAAAAUCAAUUAGAUUUUAGAUAGAUGAGAUAUUGGUUAUUUUUUUAUAAGGUAAUACUCUAUUCAGCAUCUGAAGCCUUUAUUAUAUCUAUAAUGAUAAGUAUUAUGGAUAUUAGAAACAACAAUGGAAGAAUAUUUGAUGAAGAAAUGAAAUCAAUCCAAAUGUUUGUUAUCAUAUUGUUAUUAGAUUUAACAAAAUAGUUAACACAUGCUAAUUUAUAUUAAUAUAUAAUAUUGCCUAUUUCUUAUUUUGCUUUCUGUACUAUUGGUUAUUUGGAUUACUUUGCAUAUAAUAUGUUUGAUCUAUUCUAAUAUAUAAUUUCAUUAGAAUCAUUCUUAUUUAUAUUAUCAUUACAACUAUUGUUUUUUUGUUUUUAGAAGACCUUAACACAAUUUCAUUCAAUAUAUGUUCAUAAUACAUUGUAUAAAGAGGAAGAUUAGAUGGAAAUCAAUAAUAAGAUUAAACCAAUUUAGAUACAUAAUCAAAAAAGAAGAAAAGAUAAUUUGGUGAUAAAUAUAUAGAAAUAUAUAUUGAAAUUGUUUAAGACUGAAGAAGAAAUAGAUCCAAUAAUAAAGUAAAUAUUAUCAGGGAUAGUAUUGAGUGUAAAGACAACCAAAAUAAAUAAGAUUACUUAAACCUUCAAAAAUAUUUAAUUAGAAAUUAAGUAUUAACUGAAUGAAUUACCAUCUAUUAUAGAAUAUUAUAGAUUAUAUUAUCCACUUAGUUGGAUGUUAGUAGAAGGAGCAAUCUUAGUUUAAAUUUGGUUGAUCAAUAGAGAUGUAGAUUAUACUUGGUUUUUAUAUUUUACAUUUGGAUAUAAUGCAGCAUAGGUUCUUAUGGCUUUAUUUAUAUACACUGUAGCAUUUUAGAAAUAUCAUUUCAGAAUUAGUAAGAUUUUAAUAACAAGUAGAUUGAUAUAUAAAAUAGUUUAUGAUGUUUAUUUUUAUUAGGAUAAUGAUAAUGAAUUAACAGAUAUGUUAAUAAUGUAGUUAUUUAUGUUAUAACCAUUGAUAGAUGAUAGACCUUUGACAAUCAUAUUCUAUUGUUUAACUUUAAAUAUCAGUUUUAUAAUAAGAUUCAGUGCUAAUAACACAACAAGUGAUGCUAAUUUUAAUAAAUAUAUAAUGUUGAAUUACUAUUUAAUUGCAAUGAUGUAAACAGCAUUAUCAAGUGGAAUGCAUUUUAGAAUACAGAGAAAUUCAAGAGAAGAAUUCAUUUAAAUGUUGACUUUGGAUUAAUAAACUAAUUCAAUUAGUGAUACUUUAAGUAUUUUGAUGCCAAAGUUUAUUAGAAAUAUAAUUAAUUAAAAAGGAGAAUUUGAUAUAUAAGAGAAUCAAGGAGAAGUGGCAAUAUUAUUUUGUGAUAUUUGUUAAUUUGAUAAAAUAAUAAAGGCAGAAAAAGAGAAUGUGAUACAUUUGUUAGAUAUAUUAUUCAGAUAAUAUGAUUCAUUAUGUAGUCAAUAUGGAUUAUAGAAAAUAGAAACAGUUGGUAAAACAUAUAUGGCAGCUGCAGGAUUAAAGAAUAUAGUGUCUUAAAAUAGUGCAAAUCCAGUACUUAGAGUAAUUUAAGUUGCAUUUGAAAUGAGGAAAUUUGCAUCAUAAUAAGAUUUUAGUGGAGCUGGAGAAAUAAUUGUAAAAAUUGGUGUUCAUUAUGGGAAUGUGAUUGCUGGUGUGAUUGGUUAUCAUAAACCUUAAUUCUCAUUAAUAGGUGAUACAGUAAAUACUACAAGUAGAGUAUGUUCAACUGGAUAAGAUGGUUAAAUUAAGAUUUCAAAUGAUGCAUAUAAAUUAGUUAGUGGAUCUUAAGAUUUUGUAUUUACUAAAGAUUUGGUAGAUGCAAAGGGCAAAGGAGUUUUAGUAACAUAUAUACUAUCUGAAUAAGAGCAAAGAAAAGCAUUAAGACAUAAAAAAUAAUGUGUAAAGGAAGGUAAAAGUAAAAAUGGUUAACAGAAUUCAGUGAAUGCCUCUAAUAAUCAAGAGAGAUAAGGUAGAAAUUAGAAAAUAAAGAGAAAGCCUACUCUUGUAUUACCUCAUUUGAAAUAGAGUAAUCCAAAAUUAUAACAUAAAUCAAGUCUUAAUGUUGAUGCACAAUAAUAAUAGAAUUCUCAUGGAGAUAGUGAUCAUGCAAAUUAGAUUGGAUAUAAAAUGAGUGUUGAAGGAGCUAAUUUAAUUGAAGCAAUAGAGAUUAAAUUGGGAAAAGAGAAUUUAUUAGUAGAUGAGAAUUUUGAUUUUCCUAAUAGUGAAAUAGAAAAAGAGAAAUUAAAAUAAUUAUAUUAGAGUGAUGAUGAAUUCAUAGAAACAGAUGUUUUAAUAUUAGACAAAAGAAAACUCUUUUUAGAUUUUGAUCCAGAAGUUGAUUAAUGUCAUAUAAAUGAUUUUUAUAAAGAAUUAACAAAAAAGAAUACUGUAUUAGUCAUUUUAUUAAAGGCAGGAGUGACAAUACUAUUAUUGGUUUAAAAUACAUCAACUAUUUUAAUUGCUUAGAUAUUUGAAAAUUAAUAUACAUGGUAUAUAAAUCUAUCAUUUGGAUAUGUAAUUGUAGCAAUCAAGAUUAUAUUCUUAGUGUUAUUGAUUAUGAAAUAAUAUAGAGAGAAAUAUUUCAAAGAGAUAUACUUUAUCUAUAGUUAUAUUAUUACUAUGAUAUGGUGGAUAAUUCAUAUAUUCUCUUAUUAGAGUUUCAUUGUUGGUGAAAUCUGUAUUGCUGUUGGAGUAUUUUUAUCAUUUAUGACUUAAUUGAAUCCUAUUAUUAAGAUGAAAUAUAAAGUUAUUGAAAGUAUCUCGAUGAUUACAGUCAAUCUAAUUGUAGUUCUUGUUAAAAAUUGGGAAAAGAGUCUUAUUUAUUAUGCUAUCAUCUUAUAAUUAAUCUUUAUCUCUAAUCAAAUUUAUAAAUUCAAUAAAAAUGUACAUUUAUAUAACAAUAAAUGUAAACUCAAAGCUAAACAUUAAUAAUUAGAUUCUUUGGUUAAACAUCAAUUACCAAGUCAUAUGCUUGAAUAAUUUCUUAAAUUUUAAUAAUAAAGAGCUGUUCUUAAAGAUAGUUAUGAAAAUGUUACUCUAUUAUUUGCUGAUAUUGCUGGUUUUACUGAAUAUUCAAGUAAAGUCUCUCCAGAGUAGGUUGUGUUUAUGUUGCGCAAUCUUUUCACUGAAUUUGAUAAGUGUUGCUAAGAGAAAUCAGUCUAUAAAUUAUAUACAAUUGGAGAUUGUUAUGUUGUUAUGGGAAUGUUAGAUGCUAAAGAUAGAAAUAUAGCAUAAGAAGCUAAAAAUACUGUAGAAUUGGGAUUUGAAAUGAUUAGUAUUAUUAAGAGAGUUAGAGACCAUAUUAAUUUCUAAGGAUUAGACAUGCGUAUUGGAAUCCAUACAGGUAAUAUUAUAGGAGGAGUAUUGGGUACUGAAAUUGUUAGGUAUGAUAUAUAUGGACCAGAUGUUUUAAUUGCUAAUAAAAUGGAAUCUAAAGGAGAAAGUGGUAAACUUUAGGUAUCUUCAACAACCAAAGAAAUCUUAGAGUAACAUUAUCCUGAAGAAUUUAAAUAUGUCUUUCAUACACGCGUAGACAUUCCCUCUAUAGAUACAUCUACUGAUGGAUAUUUUAUUUCUAUUAGAACCUUUGAUGAACUUUCCAUGGAUUUAUAAGAGCAUCAUUCAGAAAGUUGUCGUUGA